AUGCCUUUUGCGAAAUUAAGUCAUACGUAUCUAGUCAUUUCAGAAAAAGAUGGACAUAUUGAUGAGAAGCUAUUCGCUAUCCAAACAAUAACUUCUCAUACCCAAUUCCUGAUCAUUAAACCUCCGGAAAGAUAUUCUAAUCACGUAAUGCAUCCUGUUUUGGAUGAAACGAACAAUAAAGUUGAUAUGGACAAAUGCCUAAGUGCUUCUGCUGCUGUAAGACAACUAGAUAUUCAUAUUCGCACAGUUCAGAAAUGGGUCAAAUGCUAUUAUGAAGAUCCUGAAAGCAUUUUUGAAAAAAAAAGAAAAAGAAAAUCAGGACGACGUCGUAUUCUUGGAGAUAAGCAUAAGGAUUCUCUUUUGCGUUACAUCGAUAAGUAUCUUUCAGCUGCUUUAACUAAAGUAGUUGAGUGUUUAUUACAAAAAUUUGGAGAUCUCAAUGUUUCUCGUAAUACUGUUUAUAACUUCACGACAAUUCAAUACAAACUAUCUAUUAAACAGGCAGAGCUCCAACCUAUUCAGGAAAUGUACGACUGGGUCCAAAAGUGGCAACAGACUGGCCUAGACUUCACAACAGACUGCAUCUUUCUUGAUGAGUCCACCUUUCACAUCAAUUUGAAACGAGGCAUAGCUUGGACAAAAAAGAGAAUUCCUGCAAUAGUUACAAUGCCUACGACUAAAUUUAACGCAACGUCAAUUUUAGGUGCAAUAUCUACUACUGGCUUGAUUAAUGCUAGUUUAAGAGCUCCAAACACAGAAACAGUGACAGGUCAUUAUCUGAGCUUCUUAAAGGCUACUCUUGAUGAAAGGGACAAGUACCCAGAAAUGAAGGGAAAUUACCUUGCCAUGGAUAAUGCUCUUAUCCAUAGCUCAGCUGAUAUAAGAAAGUCCAUCCAAUCAAGAGGAUAUUGA